AUGAUUAAAACUAGCAUUAGGAAUGUCUCAAAAAGAUCGGUAAAAUCUAUUUUAUCCUACUAUUCAGUAGUAAAUCCUAUUUCUAGAGUUGUUGUUCCAAAUGUUACCAAAUUGGCAGCUACACACAACUACUCAACAACAGGUACCAAAAUACAACCAAGAUUGACCUCUGAAAACUAUCCAUCUGUUAAACGCGAUCCAAGAUAUAAACAAUUAACCAAUGAAAAUAUUGAGUAUUUCAAGACUAUUCUAGAACCCAAGUGUAUUAUUCAAGAUGAUUUAGAUGCAUUUAAUGAAGAUUGGAUGAGAAAAUAUAAAGGCCAGUCUAAGUUAGUUUUAAAACCAACUAACACUGAACAAGUUUCUGCUAUUUUGAAAUAUUGCAAUAAACAAAAAUUGGCUGUUGUUCCACAAGGUGGUAAUACUGGUUUAGUAGGUGGGAGUGUUCCAGUUUUUGAUGAAAUUAUUUUAAGUUUGAGCGGUAUGAAUAAAAUCCGUUCAUUUGAUAAGGUUAGUGGUAUUUUUAAAUGCGAUGCCGGCGUAAUUCUGGAAAAUGCUGAUAAUUUUCUGGCCGAGCAUGGUUACAUUUUCCCACUAGACUUAGGUGCCAAAGGUUCUUGCCAUGUUGGUGGUGUAGUUGCCACCAAUGCAGGUGGUUUAAGAUUAUUAAGAUAUGGCUCUUUACAUGGGAGUGUUUUAGGGUUAGAAGUUGUUUUACCAAAUGGCGAGGUUUUAAACAGUUUACAUUCUUUAAGAAAAGAUAAUACUGGCUAUGAUUUAAAACAAUUAUUUAUUGGCUCGGAAGGCACUAUUGGUAUUGUUACUGGUGUUUCCAUCUUGUGUCCACCAAGACCAAGUGCAUUUAAUGUUGCGUUCUUAGGGGUUGAAAGUUAUGAGGCUGUUCAAAGAGUUUUCAUCAAGGCUAAAAAAGAGUUGGGUGAAAUUUUAAGUGCUUUUGAAUUUAUGGACUUGAAGUCUCAACAAUUGACUAAAGCCCAUAUUCAGCAACCAGCUCCAUUAGAGGAGGAGCAUUCAUUUUACAUUUUAAUCGAAACAUCUGGAUCUUCCAAAGAACACGAUGAUGCCAAACUAGAGCAAUUUUUAGAAAAAUCUUUUGAAGAUGGUAUUAUCAGUGAUGGUGUUAUUUCCCAAGGUGAAACCGAAUUGCAUAAUUUAUGGGCUUGGAGGGAAAUGAUUCCCGAAUCAUCCCAAGCAAAUGGUGGUGUAUACAAAUAUGAUGUAUCUUUACCAUUAAAAGAUUUAUAUUCUUUAGUUGAGGCUACUAAUGAAAGAUUGACCCAGGCCGGUUUAUCUAGUGAAACCGAUAAAUCCAAACCUGUUAUUUCUGCUGUUGGUUAUGGGCAUGUUGGUGAUGGUAACUUGCAUCUAAAUGUUGCCGUUAGACAGUACACUAAAGAGGUUGAAAAAUGUUUGGAGCCUUUUGUUUAUGAGUUUGUUUCUUCCAAAAAGGGCUCUAUUUCUGCAGAACAUGGUUUAGGUUUCCAAAAGAAGAAUUACAUAGGAUAUACUAAGAAUGCACAAGAAAUUAAGAUGAUUAAAGAUUUAAAGCAUCAUUAUGAUGAAAGUUUGAUUUUAAACCCAUAUAAAUAUAUAUGA